AUGAAUUUGAUUCUGGAGAAAAUGUCAUCGCCGAAAAUGGCAAUGACAUUAUCGGUGACCGCUUUGGUUUAUACAUCGCUGAUUUGUCCGCUGAUCAUCUUGCAGAUCUUUAUUUUGAAUCAACCUGCGAUUCAGAAAAAUGUCGAUUGCCCGGUUGGUUUUCUAGCGUUUCUGAAAAUUCUACAGUAAUCUAGUUUGACACGUGGAAAAUUGUAACAAGAAUCUGAAUUAUAUAUUUUUUGUUUUUGCCACGUGGAAGAGUACUGUUUUUUUUCUGUGGAAAUUUAAUUGAAUUUCCAAAAAGUGUAAUAGGUCCAUUUGGAACUACAGUAAGAACUACAGUACUUUUUUAUCUUAAUUUUUUAUUUCGAAUUAAAAAAAGAUAAAAAACUUCUCAUGUUCCUUUCUUUCAAAAAAAAUACUGUAGAAAAAAUUGAAUUUUGAAACUUAUAUCAAUAAAUCUGAAAAUUUAGUUGAACUACUAGUAAUCUUCAAGGUUUUGGCCACGUGGAAUAUUAUUGUUUUUUUCUGGAAAUUUGAUUGAAUUUCCAAAAGCUGUGAUAAUUCCAUUAAAAACUACAGUAAGAACUACAGUAGUUUUUUUUAAUCCUAAUUUUUUAUUCCGAAUUUAAAAAAAGAUCAAAAACUUCUCAUGUUUCUUUAACGUUCCUUUCUGAAAACUUAGAGCCUUAGAGCUAGAUACAGUAAUCCUAUAGAGCUUUUUCUUCCCGCUACAGUAACCCUUAUCAGUAAUUUUAUAUAGUACUCUAGUUACUACAGACUAUACUCUAGUUUCUCCUUUAAAAAAUGCCACGUGGAAAAUUAUCGAUUUUUUUCUUAUCGAAGUUUGUAACUUUAAUUUUUUCAGAGCUACAGUAAUCCUAGAGAGCUUUUUCUCCAAAUUUUGAUUUUUUAAAAAAUUAGAUUUACAAAAUGCUACGUGGCUAUUUUUUUCUGAAAAUAAUUGCCACGUCGAAGUUCACAUUACAGUAAACCAGAAGCCUCGGCUCUAGGCUCACUGAAAAAGCAAUAUUUUCAGAACCACAUGCGAGAACUAAAAACACGUCUAAAUCUAGUUCAACAACAUGCCAGCGACACAAUCCGACAGAAAAGAGAAUUAGCAAGUUGUUGUAUCGGACCACCUGGUCUCAAAGGAUUCGCCGGGAAAAAAUCACGAGAUGGUUAUGACGGAGAAGCCGGGCGAGAUGGAAAACCGGGAAGACCGGCUGAAAAUGAUCAAAGAUUGACGUGUCAACGAGAUUGUCCACAAGGAAGACCGGGAAGAGAUGGACAAAUUGGGCCGAAAGGUGAAAAGGGAUCGAGAGGGAGGAAUGGGAAACAGGGAACAGCGGCUGCACCGAGUAUUCGAGGAGAACCGGGUGCGAGAGGAGAGAAAGGAUUUGCUGGAGUGGCUGGGGAGGUUGGGGAAAGAGGAGAACCUGGAAGAGUUUAUCAAUCGGAUGGGCCACCGGGAAAAGAGGGAGAAGCUGGACCAAGAGGACCACCGGGGGAGAAAGGACGGAUUGGCAGAGAUGGAGAGGAUGGUGAGUUAAUUUGGGAAGGGGGAAGGGGGGUUAGGAGAUAGGAUACAGGGUCCAGUGACUUGGUCACGGCCUUUUACAGGGUGUAUCGAGAGAGAGAGACGCAGAGAAAACAAGAGAAAUCCAAAACAUAAAAUUCGAAAACAAUUUGAUCUAUCUUUUUGAAGCCAAACGCGGGAAACGUUUUUUAGUUUGAUAAAAUUUGAAAAACAUGUUUCCCGCGCUUUUGUUUUUCGAAAUGAACUUUCGUCAGAAAAACUUUGAAAAAAAUCAUCAAUUUUUGAGCAAACAGAAUUCUCCAAAGGAUAAUCUACCUUUGAAUUACUGUAGAUUUGUUGGAAAUCAGUUAACAAGCUAAAAAUUCAAUAAAAGCAAGUUAUCUUGAAUUUUAACACUGUUAAAAAUUCAUUUUAUUGAUUUUUUAACAGUGUUAAUUUUUGAAACUGUUAAAAAAUCUCCACAAAUCUAAUUUUUUUCAACAACUUCCGCCAACUCAAAUCAUUUCCAGGCUUUCCCGGAGAACGCGGCGAUCGCGGUUAUCAAGGAGUCAAAGGCGAACAAGGCCAGCGCGGGCUUCCGGGCCCGCAAGGUCCACCGGGAGACAAAGGAGAAGCGUGGCCUUGUGAAUCAUGUCCACCGCCACGUGUCUCACCAGGUUAUUAUACGAAUUCCAAGAAAAAACAAUAA